AUGUUUUGUAGUCACUACAACGCACAAGGCUAUCCCAUUACCUGCCCAUGCCGGCGCAGAGUCGAAGCUCUGCCCGAUAUCGAUAUCCACCCCAAAUGCCGCAACAAAGUCUUCCAGCAUUCCUUCGGCAUUGAGCUCGAAUUCCUCUGGUGGGUCCGCAUCGCCCGUGUUGCUGACCCUGAAGAACACAAGAAGCGUCACGGCAUCGACCCGACCAAGAUCUGCAUCCAGUCGCUCGAGAUCGGCCCAACCAGCUUUGACUCGGAGCGGAAAUGGGCCGAACAGCAGAUUGCCGAUGCCAUUCUCAAGGUGCGCGGCGCCCAGGUUCGUAUAGGAGGGGAGUUUGGCGCUGAGCUGAGGAAACAUCAGCCCCAGCAGCUGCUGCAUCCGGGCUACCUCUACGCGGAUGAUGCCUGGACGAUCAAAAUGGAUCCGAGUGUCGAUGAGGUGGCUAACUUGGCGAAGCACCUGCCCGAGCCGCCGGAGGAUGGCAGCUGGACGAACUGGGAGCUGAUAACCUUUGAACUAGCCAGUCCUGCGCUUUGGGAUAGGCCCCAGAGCUGGCGACAUGUCUACGAAGUCGUCCGCAACCUGCAGCAGAAGCUGUCUCCUGGACUGCGAGUCAAUCCAACGUGCGGCUUCCACGUCCACGUCGGCGCCGGCGUCAACUACGACGACGACUACGCCGAGUGGCUUUGCACAGAAGGCUACAGAAACGACGAUCCAAACAAUAACGCGAAAAGCCGUCCCCAAGCUCGCAAGCACACCCUCAGCACCCUCAAGCGCGCCGCCGCCCUCUUCUGGGCCGCCGACGGCUUCCUCGCCUCCAUACAUGUCCCUGAGCGCUUCCUUAGCCCCUAUGCCCGCUCCAUCCGCAUCGACUCUGCCCUAGCCCAGGACCGGCUCCCUCGCGCAACAGGCUGCUCGCUCCGUCCCAGCGACUCAGACUACCCCAUCCUCCCCAUUCUCGAUGACAACGCCCCUGACCAUGAUACCUCUCAAUCCCUACUCCCCCUAAAUCGCCUGGCCUCCAGAUCUUUCCCUCGCAUCCAGCCCUCCCAACGUCUCUCCAUCACGCGGCCCCUAGAAGGGCAGAGGCUCAAUACCCUCUGCCGCCACGCAAAGCUCAUGCUUGGUCCUGCCCCACCGCCCAUCGAACCUAGCAAGAUUAUUAACAAGACUGCGCUGAGCGGGCUGCAGAAGAUAAUGCAGCUGCGCACGCGUCGCGACCUCGAAGUCGCCUUCAGCGUGGCGUGGGCUGCGAACUCUGCCCCUUCGACGUCCUCGUCCUCCAGCCCCGGCUCCGGCUCCGGCUCCGGCUCCUCGGACCCGUUCGACUCAAACUCAUCACCCAGCAGCACGAGAACGGCGAACACAACCAACACAACAACCGCAACCACAACUACUAUCGACAACAACGAAGACUGGACUGCGAGCCUAAUCUCCCGCCGCCUAAACUACGCCAUACGCUGGACGCCCUCUGAGCGCCAAACCGUGGAAUUCCGCGAAGCAGGUGGCACCAUGUCGCCCCUCUGGGCGUGCAUCUGGGCUAGCAUCUGCGUGGGCAUGUUCCGCUUCGCGAAGAACGCCGAUGAUGCGCGGUAUUGGAGAAUCAUGGAACGGGUGGUGCAGGCCGAGAAGGGCGAGAAGAAGGGGAAGGACAGGAGCGGAGAGGAAUAUGAUGUCGUGGCGAUGCUGAUGGAUAUGGGGAUGUUUGCGGAGGCCUUGUGGGUGGAGAAGAUGGUGAAGACGAACCCGGGGAGUUUGUGGUAUCCUUGUUUGCAGUUGAAGUCGAGGGCGAGUUGGGGAGAGGAGGACGAUUCGGGGGAGGAGCGGGAGAGAUUAUAG